AUGUCAGUAUCUGACCAGUCUGCCUUCCUUAACCAUAAUGUUUUGGUUUCUCUCUUUCUGGUUAGUUUUAUUUCUUUUGUUGGUAUAUUUGUUUAUCUUCCGUUUCUUUCCAUUGAUUCCUUAUCUAUUCUCUUUCUUUCUUUCUUUCUUUCUUUCUUUCUUUCUCUCAGUCUGUCCAUAUCUAUCUAUCUAUCUAUCUAUCUAUCUAUCUAUCUAUCUAUCUAUCUAUGUGCAUUUUUCCAAUCCAUUUUACAAAUGAAUUCUUCUCCCUCUCCCUCUCUCUCCCCACCCAUUUGUUAUCGCCAUCGAACAUCUUUUUCUUUUUUCGUUUCCUCAUCCGUCUAUCUCUCCAUUUAUUCCAUCUCACGUCUUUCUUUCUUUCUUUCUUUCUUUCUUUCUUUCUUUCUUUCUUUCUUUCUCCACAUUUAUCCCAUUUCACGUAUUUAUUUCUUUCUUCACAUUUUUCCCAUCUUACGUCUUUCUUUCUUUCUUUCUUUCUUUCGUUUACUUUAA